GGAAGAAGUUAAGAUAAUAUUUAUAUAAGGACGGAUUGAAUAGAAGAUGGAGAAAGAUGAGAAACCAUCAUGGGCCUCAGCGGUUUCAUCAUCAUCAUCAUUAACAAAUGAAAAUAAUAUUGUUAAAUCCGUGGAAACAAUAUCGCAAAAUUCGUCUAAAACGGUAUCGGAAAAAAAAGAGAAUAAUUCUAUGUCAAAAACGAAUGUAUGGAAAGCUAGACAAGAGCGAAUGGUUAAGUUAUCGAAUUCACGAUCGGUGGAGUCUACAACAAAUAAUAUUUCAUUAAAACAAAAGGAAUCACCGGUUAAAACGUUAGCUAAUGGAGAUUCAUUGAAUUCGGAGAACAUGGAAUUAACAUCAAUUUUAUCAGAUACAGAAAGUUGGCCAACAUUAGAUAAAGCGGUAUCGGAAGAAGGAUUACAUGAAAAAGAAAAAGAAAAACCGAGUCAUCCGUUAACAAAAAUAUCAGGAAAAGAAAAAUGGGUAUCAUAUACACCGACGAUUACUCAUGCAAAGCCGUUACCUACGAAGCCAACUAAUCGAAUUCGUGAAGGAAGAAUUCAUGAUAAUUCGAUUCGAGGAUCAGCUAAAAAUGGGAUAACAAAUACGGAAGAGAUAUCAGAGCUGUUUAAAAAUAGAGAACAUAAGAUUGAAAAAGGGAAACAUAACAAAAGAGCAGGAAAUAUUCAAGAGAAACGGGAUGCUCGGGUUGCAAAUCAAGCGCCUAUUUCGAAAGAUAAGAAUACAUCGAUUACGCAACCUACAAUAUCAGUUAAAGAGAAUAAAAGUGAAGUAAAAGAUAUUAAUGAGGGAUCAAACGAACUUAGCUUAGAAAAUCUUGAAUUAAAAGAUAAUUCAAAUGGAACAAAGGAAGAAGUUAAUCGUUAUAACUACAAUAAUGUCUAUAGAUCAAGAGGCGGUCUUCACAUGCCAUUUAUUCAACAUAAUACUCACCCUUUAUUAAAUAUCAAUGCAUUUGUACAGGCACCAAAUAUAUAUUUACCAUUUCGUCCACCUACUUGUGGGAAUUUAACUAUACCUUUUUAUCCAAAUGAAAAAUAUCAUCAAUCUUAUAUGUAUGAUUAUUCUCAUAUAAAUCAUGUCGGGAUGUUUAUGCCUAUUAUAUAUGAUCCUAUGGUUUUGAAAAAUUGUAUUCUUAGUCAAAUUGAUUACUAUUUUUCAGUUGAGAAUUUAUGUAAAGAUUUAUUUCUUCGUCGUCAUAUGGAUAGCCAAGGAUGGGUAAAUUUGUUAAUCUUGGCUAAUUUCAAUCGGAUUAGAAGUUUCGCACUAGAAUAUAAUUUUAUUAGAGAUAUUACUACCUAUUCACGUACUGUAGAUGUUAAUUUUUCCGAUGGUUAUGAUCUAGUUCGAAAAAAAGAAGGUUGGGAAAUUUGGGUCUUACCUGAAGAAGAAAGAGAUCCUAGUGUACGAAGUGGGCGAUCAUUAAUUUCAACUAAAUAUUCUAAUAAUGAAAAACCAACUAUGACACCUAAAGCAUUGAAGGAGAGUAUUGAUGCUCUUCCAUUUUUGCCUCGAACAAACCUAAAUACUGCACCUUUUUCAUCUAGGCCACAAGAAAUGCCUUCUAAUCAAUCAAAUAUAAAUUUGUUUAACCAGAGAAUGUCGCCAAAGACCCUUGUUUCUAGUUCCACUAAGAUAUCUAGCAUUAAUAAAACUGAAAAAUCAAAAUAGCUUAAAAAAU